AUGUGCAUCAACAAAACCAAUUUGAUCAGGGGCGGGGCCGCGCCCUCUUCCUUGGGCACCUGCGCCUGCGCCGGCCCGGGCGGCCGCCCGAACGACGUGGACCCGCCGCCCGACAGCGACCCCGAGCUCCACUCUGUGAAGCUGCGCCGCAACCUCGGACCGGACCCCGCCUUCCCGCCUGCCGAGGAUAGCGAGCUUUGA